UGUCCAUUUAUUGUAAAUAAUGCCAGGGCCGGACGGGUUUAUUUACAAGCAGAGAGAGAGACAGAGAGAGAGAGAGAAAAAAAAGAGAAAAAAGUGCAAUGUCAGUUUUGGCCUCAAGUCGUGCUACCCUGAUCGGUCACGUAAGGACACUCGGGCACGUCAUCCGAGACGUAACACAGCCUUUUAUUUACACUUUUAAAAAUCAACAAGUUUCUUAACUUAAAUUAAAGACUCAUCCGAAUGACAGUUUUGUGUAGAAUAUCUACUGAUACUUCGACGUGAUAUUAGUCCUAGUCGCCGAGGAAUGACGUCACGUGGUAUCAGACUAAUGACGCUGAUCAUUGUUUGAGGGAAGAAAAAAAAAAAACGCUGUUAAAAUUCCGAAUUAGGUCAGCGAACUAAUGCAUCGCCCAGUGAGCAGCCGAUGAUUGCAAUCGUCGCUUUUAUUCAUGGGGCCUUACACGACGCUCGCCGCCGGGACACACAACCCGCUCGGAGGAGACAUGUCCGCUCUUUCCAGCAUUUGCAGGCGGGAGUCGUAGCCGCUCCACCGCUUUCCCGCUCCGAUACCUCCCGCCGUCUGCUUCGGGAGACCGACACACAGCCCGGCGAACGUCCGCCCCGCCGCCGCCGCCAGUGCGGCUUGAAUGGUUAGCCGCCACUCGGAGGGCAGACUACAACAGGGACAGCAAGAGACGCCGCCGCCGACGCUUCUCUGGGGAUUCCCAGGAAAUAUAUCAGUCAUCGCUUCGCCUGCCUUCCAGCCAGCCAGAGCCGCCCGCCCGCCCGCCCGGCCGGUUGGCCGACCCGCAGCAACACGGCGCUUGCACACGCUCGUGUAGUUGCAACAUUGAAGGAGUCUUGCUAUGCGAGCGAGCGAGGGAGCACGGCCGCUUGAGACAUGUGAGCCUGGACUCUUCCGUCUCGCGCCGUCUUUGCCCAGAGUAGAAAGUUGCACGUGUUGACAAUGUCGAGCCGCCGAAAGUCCACCACGCCUUGCAUGGUGCUACCCUCUGACCGGUUGGAGGCCGCAACUGAAAGGACAAUGGAAGUAGGGGUGGAGGGGCCGGUAGAUGAGGCUCAAACGGCAGUGGAGUUGGAUCAAACAGUAGCCGUUGGCCCCGCACCACUAGAUACUGGCGACGCCGACAGCCGGGAAGACAAAGAGGCCCCGGCUCCGUCGGUGAAGUGCAGCGCCGCCACCGAGCAACCCGGCGAGGAUCGGCAGUGCGACAUGCUCCGAGACGUCGGAACGGACGCUACAAAUGUCGGCGCCAUCUCGCUAAGCAAGACCCCCAUCAUGAGGAUGAAGACCAAAUCGGAGCCCAAGAGGAUUGCCGUGUCCCUCAAAGCUUCAGAUGAAGCCGUGGAGUACUUGGAAGCAGAGGGCGAGGUGGAAGCGGAGCAGCAGCAGCAGCAGCAGCAGCAGCAACAGCAGCAGCCCAUCCAAGCGCCUCUGGGACCAAUGGCGUCUGUUGAGAUGCUGCUCCAUGACUCCAUGAAGCUUGGAGCGGGAAACUUCCUGGUCAGCCAAGCCUUUGAGCAGCCAAGGAAGUCAUCCAUUUUAAAUCCCGCCAGUAUUCCUCCUGGCCUGGCACAGGUACUUUCCGCUUUCCAGGCCCAGCAGAAUCCAUCAGUUCAACCCCAAUUGCUAAUUCCUCUCAGCAGCAUUCCCUCUUAUAGUGCAGCUUUGGACAUCAACCCUCUGCUGGGGAGCACUUACAAGAAGUUUCCCUAUCCCUCCAUGGCUGAGAUUAGCAAUCUGGCCGGGCAGACGCAGUUCACAGAAGAGCAAAUUAAGGUGUGGUUCUCAGCCCAGCGACUCAAGCAUGGUGUCAGCUGGACCCCAGAGGAAGUGGAGGAGGCCAGGAGGAAACAAUUCAACGGCACUGUCCACACGGUUCCUCAGACCAUCACCGUCAUACCUGCUCACCAGCUGUCUGCUGCCAAUGGCCUGCAAUCCAUACUGCAGACCUGUCAGAUUGUUGGGGGGCAGCCUGGCUUGGUGUUCACGCAGGUCGCUCCAGGAGGGAAUGUUCCCGUGAGCAAUCCCAUCACACUGACGGUGGCGGGAUUGCCCAGCCAGUCCCAGAGCUCCAGCAGAGUUUCCUGCCAGUCCACCCCAACAAACUGUGAGCUGAAACGGGCUACCACUGUACAGCCGCCCUCACUUUCCCCACAGGAGAACUCUGCCCUGAGCGCCGACAGCUUCAGUCUGCGCCCCAAAAAGUCCAAAGAGCAGCUGGCCGAGUUGAAAGCCAGCUACCUUCAAAACCACUUUGUCAGCGAUGCCGAAAUUGCCCGUUUGAUGAAGAUCACCAAUUUAACCAAGGGGGAGAUCAAAAAAUGGUUCAGCGACACCAGGUAUAACCAGCGCAACUCCAAGAACAGCAAUGUCAUCGUAUUCCACGACGGAGGCGGCAGAGCAAGCGGCGGCGGCGGCGGCUGUAGCGCCGCCACCAUCGUCAUCGACUCCAGCGACGAAACGCCGGCAUCACCUCACCCUCCGUCCGCGCCUCCCGUCAAGGAGACCCGGCCCAAGACGUGGAAUCCCUUCCCGGACUUCACUCUGCAGAAGUUUAAGGAGAAGACACCGGAGCAGUUGGUGGUGCUGGAGGAGAGCUUUGAGAAGAGCAGCACGCCACCCGACGAAGAGCUGAGUCGCCUGAGGACCGAGACCAAACUGACACGGAGGGAGAUUGACGCCUGGUUCACCGAAAGACGCAAAUUUGCCGCUCCGUCCCCGGAGUCCUCUGAGGCGGAACGGAUGGACGCCGCCGCCGCAGGAGGGAGAGCUGGAGAGGUCACCGCUGCUUCUCGCGCCGCCUCCUCCUCUCGGAAAGGAGGGAGUCAAACGCCACCCGGAGGCAGCGGUAAACAGACGGCGACCGGCAGCUGCAACAACAACGGCGGCGUCAAGGAUAAGAGCAAAAAGACUCCGGAGCAGCUCCACAUUUUGAAAAGUGCCUUCGUGCGGACUCAGUGGCCCACCACAGAAGAGUACGACCAGCUGGUGGAGGAGAGCCGCCUCCCCCGACCCUACAUUGUCAGCUGGUUCGGGGACUCGCGCUACUCCUGGAAGAACGGCAACCUUAAAUGGUUCUUUCAGUAUCAAAGCGGCAACGUGGAAGGCGGCGGUGCCGGCGGCGGCGGCGGCGGCAGAGGUCAAAAAGCGGGAGGCGCUCGAAAAAGACGCGUCCGAAAUCGCGGUUGGGGGAGAUCCCGACCUCGAAAGCAGCCCCGGCGCUCGGCGUCCUUCGGUUCCGACUCGGACAGAUGCCCCCCGCCCAAGAAAUCCAAGAGCGGCAGGGACAUCUUGAAGGAGUACUACCUGAAACACCGCUUCCUCAACGAGCAGGACCUGGACGAGCUGGUCACCAAGACCAACAUGAGUUAUGAACGGGUGCGAGAAUGGUUCGCCGAGGUCCAGAGACGUCUGGACGUGGGCGCCGACCCCUUCCAGGAGCCACCUUCGGGCACGCCCGACGCAAGAGAGCCGGCCCAUGAAAUAAGGGGAGAGGCGUCACACGCCGACAAGGCACCCACAGGCGACCGAAUGGGAAACGAGGAGGAGGAGGACGACGACGACGACGAAGAGCACGAGGAGGAGGAUACGGACGACAGUGAGGUUUGGGAGCCGUCACGCAGCGUGAGGAAAUCCUUGUCUGUAUCCGAAGACUGAGGCUCAAUUUUGCAAAGGAGACUAACACAAUAUUAGUAGUCGCCCUCAACAUUAUUCAAAUGACCUGAGCAGCAUUUUAGCCAACAACAUCUAAAACUGGACAAUGACACACCCCAAAAAAAAAAAAAGUCAAUGGAAUUGAUGGUGACAACCGAGUGAGAUCAGCCCAUGUUGUACACACGGCAAGUGUAAAUUCCCUUUUGAAAUGCAUUCCUGCAUUUCCUUUGCACAAGCCCAAAUUUCAACUUCAAUUUCCAGCAAAUACUCACCAAUCUUAAAAUGUGUUUACAAGAUAGCUAGCCCUUCGUCAAAACACACACACACACACACACACACACACACACACACACACACGGUGGAACUUGUUCUAUAAUCUUGUAUGGAUUGUGAUUUAUGGGACUAUAGUCAGCUCAAUGAGAACGAACGAGUUUACAAAGUCGACGACGGCCUAAAGCAACAUGAGCCAAAGUACAUGAACAGUGAGUGAAUGCCAGCGUGCGUAUUUGUUGAAGGAUGUCUAUUCAAGUCUUCCCUUGACGCUGGUUACUACUAACCAACUAGUCAUGGGAAGGUGAAGCUUCAAAUUAGCCUCAUAAACCAUUUGCUUUAUUUUGACUCCUCUCGAUGGCACUGUUGGACUUUCAAACAUUCAUUCGUUCAUUCAGUGUGUUGAACAGAGUACCAUGGAGAGGACGAGUGGUUGGAGAAACAUACUGAAGCUUCAUUUUCCCAUCACUAAAAAUGACUCAUGAGGGAGAAAAAAAAAAAGAGUUGAAUAUGCACUGCGAUUUCCAUUUGUUUUUAUUUUUGCACCUUUUGUACACGACAAGCCUUGUGCUGUUGUUACUUUUGAUAGAAGUGUUCUGAAACUUUGCCAAAUUGGAAUGGCUUGUUGUCCCAAAACAAGCCAGCCAGCAAGCCAGCAAACAGUGUUUGACACUGGGGCUUCAAUCAUCACUUUAAGCUAAUUGACGUCAACAACAAUCACCACCUAAACCUAACUACUGGCCCGAUGUACGUAUUGUACUUGAAACCUUUGAAAUCGUGAAGCACCUGAACUAAUCGUGUUUCAAUUGCACUUUUUCCCGCCACCUAGUGGAUGUAAUUAGAAUUUGGCACCUUAUAGUAUCGCGCAAAGGCUCUGAGAGCCUGUAUUCGUUUUAGGACUAAACCAGUAUUUUCCCUUUUGUUUGUUUUCCCUGAGGAGGAAUUGUACCAGUUUGACCACUUUUCAAAUGCUGUUGGAUGUUUAUAUAGCUCGGUAGACUCUCCUGCCACUUUCUUUCGCUUUAUUGCACAUUUUGAGCCACCUUUUGCGUACUUUUGUGGGGGGAAGCAAUGCUUGGCUAAUGUUUUGUACUUUUUUUUUCUUUCUUUUCUUCCAAUCAUGUCUGUUGACUUUUUGAUGGACUUGGGAAGACACCUUAGCAGUGUUGUCUUUUCACCCAAAUUGAACAUUGCUGUCAUGUGUGACCACGGAAAGAACUGUCGACUACCAGCUGCCGUCGCCACGGUAACGACACAAGUGUCGUUAACUCAGACAGUCAGUCCUACUGUACCUACAUGUGCCUACUCGGCUUGUGGACUUGUGGCGAGAAGAUCCCCUCUUGUCAUCAUAAAGCACUUACUUACGGUAGCCUUUCUCAAAGCAAAUGUGGGAGGGAGGGAAUGCAUGAUGUGCAAGAUGCCUGCCUGCCUGCCUGCCUGCCUGCCCCAAGUUGAACAUUGUAAACUUCUGUCCAUGACCUUGGUUAAAGCUUCUCAUUUAUUUUCUGCUAUUUUGCCACCUUGUCGUCCACGCUAGCACCUUUUUAGCUAUCUGAAAAGCAUUUCCAGCCUGCCUGGUGUGUAAGCUGGCUGGCUGGCUGGCUGGCUGGCUGGCUGGCUGGCUGGCUGGCUGGCUGGCUGGCUGGCUGGCUGGCUGGCUGGCUGGCCGGCCGGCUGGCUGGCUGGCUGGCUAAUUGCAACCGAACGGGCAGACUCAUUAUGUAUUUGUCGUAACGUGAAUAGUAAGUGCCUGGGCAUGAAAAAGAACAAGAUGUUGUAUCCAUGUAUAGCAAGCGUUUCUACGUUUUUGUCAUUUACUGCAUGCAAUAAGUACGUCGAACAACUGCUCAUCUUGUACAUAUAUGUCCGUGUGUGUGCUCCUGUUGGCACGGUACUUAGCCAAUUGAAAGCGAAGUUGUCUGAUUUCAAAGUCUAAUUGUCUUUCCCAAAUCAUGAACACAGUUGCUCAGUGAGUCCUUUUCUCGCUACUUUGUCUUGACAAGCAUUUGUUUUCGGGCCUUCUUUCUGCUGCACCUUCUGCUGCUUAGUAUUUUAUUCCACAGAGGAGGUCAAAAGCCAACCCCAAAGGAUUUUACCAGCCUUCUCGGAAAUCUUUGUAUCCGUUUUUAUCUUUUCAACCAAAUAGUUUGUUUACUGCACACACGUUUGAAAGUGAGCUGGAGUUCAUUUCGACGGCUUUGCUUCUGGGUUGCAACAAAUAUCAAAUCACAACUCACUUGAAAAGAUGAGCACUUUAUUGACGGUACUUCAAAACGAUACGGUGGCAUUUCAAAAUGCUACUCUUUCAAUAAGGCCCGAGUAAACGACAUGCACAAAUCACAUGUAUUUCUCCGUUGAUAUGAUGAGAAAGUGCUGUGUCUUCUCAGUGGGUUUGGAUUUCAUAUCAUGUAUCAUAUAUGUAUCCUAUUUGCAGUAGAGCUAGUAUCGUGAGUAGUUAAACUGCUGUAAUAUUAUAUGCAUUUACCCUUUUGGCAUGAAAUGCCAUGAUUACGCUCUCUCUUUUAUCCUCUGUGCUCAAUGCAUCUUUUGCAAAUGUUUUCACCACAGAUUUUUCAACAAAUACAGUUUGUCACAACAAUG